CGGCGCACGAAUGCCGGUAGAUCUCAUCCAUGUCGAAGCAUGAGGGAGGAUGGCUGUGAAUAGUGUUAUUCGCGCAUGCAAUCGCUGCGUCGAAGGCGACCAUGUCGAUUUCUGCUGACGGCCUUGACCUGUUCGACAUCAAUCACCUGCAAGCCGGCAUCAUCGUCACCGAGCGGGCUUCAACCACAGGCCUGGACCUGCUGACACAUCUCCGAGGAGAAAGACCUUUGCGACCUCCACUCGAAGCUGCAAGGGCUGCUGAUGUUCGAUCGUAAACCAUGGAUGCCGUGGAGAGUAGUAGCGCAGGACAGAGCGAUGUGACACACGAUUUCACCUCGGCGGCGACGCUGAGCCCGGUAUCAACAACGCCGGUGAAGGCUCGCCAGCGGAGUCGGCGCAAGAACACGGAGGAGACGGAGGAGGAUGCGUCGAAGAGGAGAUGCGUUAGCACCGCCUGCAUCGCUUGUAGGAAGCGCAAGAGCAAGUGCGAUGGCGCAACACCCGCGUGUGCAGCCUGUUCGCAGGUGUAUGGUACAGACUGCAUCUACGAUCCUAAUUCGGACCAUCGGCGGAAGGGCGUCUACAAGAACAACGACCUGGACAACGUAAAGACGAGGAACACCACUUUGCACACCAUCGUACAAGCAAUCCUUAACUCUUCCGAAGAGGAUGUACCGGCUCUGGUGCGUGAGAUACGGACGUGUGAAAGCUUGGAUGCGGUAGCAGAGAAGAUCGUGGCCAAAGAACAUGGCAUCAGCCUGGAAGACGAUGAUGACACCUUCGAUGUCGCCGACACCAAUGGAUUCUCAGGCCCGACCUUUGAGACCCAGUUGUAUGGCAAGAUGGGCGACCUCCGGCUUGACGAGGGCUCCGUGCGGUACAUUGGCGGCACCUCCAACCUGAUACACCUCGCAUCGGAAGACUCGACCGAUAACGUGGACGAGUAUACGCAGCAAGACGAUCCGAUAACAUCAUGGACCGAUGUAACCGACGACACCGAUCUUGUGGUCCAUCUACUCAAUAUGUACUUUACCUGGCACUAUACAUUCUUCACCACGCUAUCGAAAACACUGUUCUACCGUGACUUUUUACUGGGCAAGCCACCUGCGACCGCGAAGCGAAAGACGUACUAUUGCUCUCCGUUGCUGGUCAACGCCAUUCUGUCCCUCGGCUGCCACUUCACCUCCCACGCCGGAGCGCGAGAGAACCCGGAAGACUCCGCCACCGCUGGCGACCACUUCUUCAAGGAGGCGAAGCGGCUGAUUAUGGAGAAUGACGAGCAUGAGAAGCCCAGACUGACGACUGUUCAGGCGCUUGCACUCAUGUCUGUGCGCGAGGCAGGUUGCGGCCGUGAAGCUAAAGGCUGGGUUUACAGUGGUAUGUCCUUCCGCAUGGCGUGCGAUAUGGGUCUCAAUCUUGACUCUGGCCGCCUCACGAGUAACAAAGCAGUCAAUGGCGAUGAGGCUGAAGAGGAUGUUCGGCGGGUUACGUUCUGGGGGUGCUUUCUCUUCGACAAGUGCUGGUCCAAUUACCUCGGCCGUUUGCCUCAGCUACCCACGUCUAUCAUCACCGUGCCGAAGGUUGAAGUGUUUCCGGACGAAGAUGCGUCGCAGUGGAGUCCGUAUUCCGACUCUGGAUUCAUGCAAGCCCACUCCCAGCCGGCACGGACACGCGCGGUCUCGCUGCAGAUUACGAAGCUCUGCGAGAUCAGCAACGACCUCAUGCGGUACUUCUAUAACCCGACGGAUAUGGAGAAGACGAAGGGAAAGGCGGCAGAGCUGAAGAAGCUGUCGGACAUUCACACGAGGCUUGAGGCUUGGCGGCGAGAGCUGCCGAAGGAGAUGGAACCGAAAGAGGGUGGGUUGUCGAGCGUGUUGGUGAUGCACAUGUUCUUUCAGCUUCUGUUCAUCCACCUUUUCCGACCAUUCUUAAAGUACACCCAAGCAACCUCGCCCUUACCAGCAAACGUCAGCCCUCGGAAGCUCUGCACACAGUCUGCGGGUAUGAUAUCCAAACUUAUGCGACUGUAUAAGCGAUCACACGGUCUACGACAGAUCUGCAACGUCGCCGUCUAUAUCGCUCACUCAGCCUGUACCAUCCAUCUCCUCAACCUUCCGGAUAAGAACGCCCGACGCGACAUCAUCCACGGCGUCAAGCAUCUCGAAGAGAUCGCGGAAGGAUGGCUGUGCGCUCGAAGAACGCUAGCCAUCCUCAGCACACUCGCCCGCAAAUGGAACGUCGAGAUGCCAGACGAAGCAGCAGCGGUACUCGCGCGCACAGACGCCAAAUUCGGCAGCUACGCCGGGGACAUCCAAUCACCGCGCGUGCAACGACGCCAACCCAUCCAAGACCAAUUCAUGCCGCCCCCGCCGCAGAUGGCAAUGCAACCGGCGCUGCCCACCACCCAGCCGCCAAUGAACGGCUACUUCACUUCCGCGCAGUUCCCAGCCGUGCUGGCAAACGCCGGCGGCGGGCCCCCGCCAAGCAAUGCAGCCCUGGUACGAACACUCAGCGACGCCUACGCGUUGCCGUUGCCACCCGCCGACGCCUCGAGCUUACGAGAGACACAGUACCCCUCCGCGGCCGCCACGCCUGCCAGCUCCGCCCAGCUCAAGCACCGCGCCCGCGGCUCCAACGCUACUAAUCGGUCUGUUGGUAGCCCCAGCGAUAUGUUUGGGGGUGUGGAGCAACUCAUCCGCGAUAGUCAGGAUUGGGUGUACCGUGAUCAAGCGCAGUUUGCGAGUGGGUUUGGCAACUGGACUGUGGAUCCGCUUACUUGGGCGGGCGGGGCGACGCCGAGUAUUGUGGCGAAUGGGGGCCCCGUGGCUAUGCCGCAGGGGCAGCAGAGCUUCUCGCCGACUAGUAUGCCGAAUGGCAAUGGUGGGCAGAUGAUGGGGAAUGGGGUUGGCGGAGGAGGAAGUGGCAGUGGUGCGAAUGGGUAUGGGAUGAGCAGUUGGUUGAAUGGGGUCAACCCGUUCUAUACGUAUGAUGAGAACGAAUGGUAUCAAUGACGGAUGGCAGUGUAGCAGAGCGAGGAGUUGGUCGGAAGGGCGUUACAUAGAUAUAUCUGGGUGGUACGCUUGCGGCGAGUCAUCUCGCCGUAUCAAUUUGAGGCUAUCUUGGGUCUCUCGCUUUGAAGCCACACCUCAUCUA